AUGCCACCCCACAAACAGAAAAAGCAAAUAGGAGGUGUGAUGGAUGAGGAUGAUGAAGAGAUAGUGGAAGCUCUUCCUCAUUCUGAUGAGCGAGAUGAAAAAAGAAUGAAAGAGCGAAAAUCUAGAAGAACUUUCGGAGAUUCAAAAUCCAAAAGAAAAUAUGGUUCCGAAACUCAUACCGAAUCAAUUUUGGGUGAGAAGAAAGCAAAGAAAACAAAACAAAGCAACUCAACAUCGUAUGAACAGAUCAAAAUCUCAUCAUCUUCUAUUAUGGAGGACGAGGAGGAGAAAUCAUCGAAUCCUUCUUCAUCAGGUGUUGCUUCAUCAUCAGAUAUUAAUACAUCACCACAAUCAAUCACUCAUUUAAAUCAUCCUACUCAACCACAACAACAACAAGCGUCCACAGUUCUUCUCUCCUUCAACAAUUACGAUGAAUGGACAACGGAAGAAGCUGCUUCUCUUCUUCGUAUGAAGAAACGUGAAGGUGGAGCCUCAUUGUCCGUUGUGAAAGUGAAGCCUCUAUAUAGUGCUGGUUUUGAUGGGACUUCUCUUGAUAACAUUGUAAAGGAUAUCAAGAGGCAUGAUGUAGACUUUGCUAUUGCCUCCUUGUCUCAAAGCAAAGACUAUACUCAAGUUCCUUCAAGCACUUGCAAGACUGUUGUUAAUUGGGUCAACGAUACAUUAAUACCCAAACUUUUUCGUUUGUGGGACAAGGAUCAAGUGAAGUCUAAAUUAUGUAGACCCAAAUCAAAAGGAGGUGCUGCUUUAGAUGGAGAAAAAGUUCAAACAUUGUACGAGGAAGAAUUUGAUGGAUCAUCCCUCUUAGAUAUUUCUAACUCAGUUGAGGAGGCUAAACGUCUCGGCAAUCAAUGGUCUGCAACCGAGAUUGUGAAAACAGUGCUACAAAAAGAAAUUGAUCUAUCCACAUGCGAAACUGUAGUCAAUUGGGUUGUGCAUGAGUUGAUAAAAAAAGAUAAGAUACAAGUAACACUAUAUAACUUUGUUUCAGACGAAAUAGAAUAUAAACUCGACAAUUAUGAAUACGAAGAAAUUGACGGAGACAAAAUAGAUAGAAAGUAUAUACGAAAAUUAGCUUUACACCAAGAAGAAUUAUUAUUUCUCAGUGAUUUAAGCAAGUAUAAUUUAAAGGACUUAACCGCUCCGUUCCCAAAAACAUCGGAUCCAUUGCGUUUUAAUCUGAAACAUCGAGAAGACACCAUCAAACAAAUAUUACAAGUCGGCGCAAAACAUCACGAAAUCUAUUCUUUGACCAAAAAGAGCAAACAACAAUUAUGUUUUUUCAUUGCAAAAGGUGGCAGUGGCAGUGGAAAAACACGUAUCCUCACAGAGAUUCCCAAUAUUCUUCGCAAUGGAGAAUUGGAUAAUAUUUUCAAAAACACUAAUAUUAUUUAUUUUAACUUUGCAAAUGGAUGUUCUUUAGCUCAAACUGAUAGAGAUAAGAAGUCUGUUUCUAUGAUUGUAUCAAGAAUAGUUUAUGCUGCUUUUGAAAACAUUUCAGAAUUCGCUCAAAAUACUCCACCAAGUGAGAAUGAUCUCUUUCUCUAUGAAGUAAUGCGAAUAAUAUCAAAAAAGCUACAUGAAAAAUAUGGGGAAACUGUUAUUCCAUUAGUAUUGGCAUUCGAUGAAUAUCAAUUGGCUACAAGACCCAAUCCGGGUUUACACACUUCCAUUCAACAUAAAUUAGGGUGGUAUAUGAGAUUCAUUCAGAAUAGACAUCAAAUUUUAUUAUUCCCAGCAUUUGGAGGAACUUUGACUGAAUCAGAUGCCAAGAUGGAACCAACACAAUAUACACCUGUCCAUUUAUCUCUUCCGUCAUUGAGACCUAUGGACAUUGCGGAGAUUAUGGCCGAUAUGGGGUUAUCGAAACUUUAUGAAGGAAGAUAUAAGGAGUUUUGGGACAUGAUUGGUAUUAUACCAAGACACUUGGAUUGGGCUUUGGGGAAUGAUGUUGAGAAAUUGAAAAGACUUGAAUUUAAUGAUGAAACUGUGAGAUCUACUAUAUACUCUAAUGUUACUACUACUGUCAUACGGCAAUAUUCUGUUAACUCGGCCGACGAAUAUUUCGGAGAAUUGGCUUUGAAUACAAUAUCUGGAUUGAAACGAAAAAAAGAUGAAAAACUCAUAACUUAUAUUAGUGAAGGCAGAGUUUACAUUGAUGACAAUGGGUUCAUUGGUGUUCCUCUUGUGGUGAUUGAUAUAUUAGCAAAUAAGUUGAAUUAUAUUCCAAAACAUGUUGUGAGUGAUUUUAUUACUGUGUCGAAUAAGCCACUAUGGGAAAAAUUCGAAGAAUUAUGUCUCAAAACAAUGACUGCAAGAUUGAAUGUUUUAUAUACUCUCAACCAUUCUAAGGAAGUACAAUUUUCAGAGUUAUUUAGAGGGGCACAUUUCAAGUCCGACUUGGGAUUUAUUUCUUUGAAAUCAUUUAAUGCCAUGUGGUUUUAUUAUGAUUGCUUGAAUGAAAAAAUAUCAAGUAGAGAUGAAAAUGAAAACGAAAAACUUAUCAAUACCACUUGUGUAAAAAAGGCAAAAAAGAAUCAAAAUGAUAUUGAUGGGAUACUUUGUCCAUUAGUUAAUGCAAACACCAACAAAAGAAUGAUAUUUGUUACACAAAACAAGUUUCAAUAUGAAGAUUCUCAGAAAAGGACUCUAGAACCAUCCAAUCUUGUAUCCUAUUACGAAAAGGCGAUCAAAACAGCUUUCAAAGAUUCAGAUACCUUUGUAAUUAUUUUCACAAACAAAAAAGUUUCCAAAAAUACGAGAGAAAUGGUAAUCAAAGGUGAAAUAACAACAACAAAAAAGGCAAAAAAGGGAGUUAGUAAUUCCAAAGAACAGAAAACAGUGGACACUGGAAAUUUAAUACUCGUUUCAGGUGAUUGCUUUUCCAAUUUCUUUCAUCCUUUCAUUUCCAAUAUUUUACAUUAA